AUGUUGCAUUACUCGCAUGCACAAUUGCUGACAUGCAUACCAUCCAGAAGUACAAUAUGGGCUGUGCUGGAGGAGGGCUGCAGUAUCGUCAACCCCGAUCUAGAUCUUACCAGCUGCAGCCAGUCCCGUGGAGGUCUCUUUCAACGCAACCAGUCGACCUCUUGGUCGAUACAAGGUCUCGACAACGGUGGAGUCUUCAGCCUGGCGACUUACGAAGAAAGUCUGCUUGGCCUCGGUGAUGCUGCUUCCUACGGGUUUGACUCAUUAUCACUGGGUCUGAACUCUGGUUUGGAGCCCAUACCGCAUACGCUCCUCGCUGGUCUCGUGAAUAACAAGUAUUGGGUAGGCAGCUUGGGACUCUCACCGUUCCCAUUCAACUUUACCAAUUUUGUAGAUCCUCAGCGCAGCCUUUUGAGUAUGUUAUUCAAUCGCAGUGCGAUUCCCAGCUUAAGUUGGGCCUACACUGCAGGAGCAUACUACCGAGGCCAGGAUACAUUUGGCAGUCUUACGCUUGGAGGAUACGACACUACACGCUUUGUGCACAACGGGGUGAGUUUUCCUUUCGGAGCGGACCAGUCGAGAGAUUUGCUUGUCACUCUAAAUUCAAUCACAUAUGACACGCUCGGAAGCGCGCCACUCCUAACUGAAGACAUCGACUUCUUUAUCGACUCCAUGGUUUCUCAUCUUUGGCUGCCCAUAGAGACCUGUCGUGCUUUCGAACAAGCUUUUAAUCUCACUUGGGACUCGACCGAGGAGCUCUACCUGCUCGACGAUUAUACUCACAACAGUCUUCUUGCGCAGAAUGCAAGCUUUACGUUUACACUCUCGAACGGCAGCUCUUUAGACAGCCCUAGCAGCAACAUCUCAAUAGUCCUCCCGUACGCUUCAUUCGACUUGACCAUCGAACCACCAUACGUGGAGUCUGAACAGAGAUACUUCCCUCUCAAACAGGCUCAGAACUCCAGUCAGUACACUCUUGGACGUGUCUUCCUCCAAGAAGCAUACGUCGUGGCUGACUAUGGACGGCGCAACUUCUCCGUAUCACAGACUGUCUUCCCAGGUAGAGGUGUCGCCCAGAAUCUGGUCUCAAUCCAUCCUCCCGGAUAUGAUGCAGGAAACCGAAACCGAAAGCUCAGUGCUGGAGCCAUCGCAGGGAUAGCUAUCGCAGGAGUCGCCCUUCUGGCAGCAGUCAUUGGUUUCUUAGUGUGGAAACUGAUUCGUGGGCGUCAACAACAUUCACAGCCAGCCGUGGUUACUGGCCCUAUCACAACAAACUAUUCAUCCAACGAAAAGGACGCUCAUGCGGAAGAGAAAUCGGGUUGGACUGAUGACUCAAAGACACCGCAUGACAUGCAGAGCUUCGAUCGUCACGAACUCUUUGCAAGAGGUCCUAGUGUUGGAAUGCCCGAACUCGAAGUACCAACCAAGGUGCACGAGAUCGAUGGACGCGCUGGUCCUGCUGCUGAGCUCGAAGCUUAG